AUGGAUAGUAGUUUCUCAUCAAGUAAACAGCUUCAUGAUUUUUUUAAAGUUUGCUUCCGUGAAAACUGCGAAAUCGACGAAGAAGAAGUCACUAUUGAAGAAGAAAAGACUCUCGAAGAACUCAGCCCAUAUGAGGUUUUUCAAAACUUCAAAGAUCUGGUCAAUGAUUUACUUCAGUUCAAGCGGAAGUUUAAGAAAACCGACAAAGGUGGCCUGGAAACCCAGUGCGAACAAUUAGAAAUUUUGCUGCAAAAAUUAGAAGCAGAAGCAAGAAUCCACUAUGGAAUAGAGCAUCAACUGAAAAUUCAUAUAGAUACCUGUCAAAGUAAAGUUGAAGAAUUAGAAAAAGCGAUAAUUGCUUAUUCAAUUAUUAUAGAAAAACAGGAGAAAAAAAUAAAUGAUUAUGAAAAUGAGAUAAAAAGAUUGAAAAAGACAAAAGAAAAUUAUCAUGAUGGGCUGGAAGAAAAAAUUAUUCUAAUUUAUUGUGAUUAAAAAUGUAACCCCCCAUUUAAAUUUUACAAAAUCUAAGAUGAUUAAUUUUAGAAAAAAAAAUAUUUAUAAAACUUUCUGAAUAUUUUUUGAAAUUAAUUAAUAAAACUAUAAUUCAAAGUUUUAAUCUAUUUAAAUAGCGUUUUCCUGAUACUCAGACCUUUAAAAUUCCAAAAUUUUGUAGAAUUUCGAUUUAGCGACAUUAAGUUACUAAAGCUGUUAAAAUAAAUAUAAUUUUACGCAUAAAAAAUAAUAUUUUUUCAAAUUUAAAGGGCUAAUUUACCCGAAAAUGGUAUUUCUGUAUUUCCUACUUAAAUGGGAUAAGAAUGAGAGGGUGUUAAUAAUUAUUUUUUUUAAAACACAAAAUAAUAAUUUUAUUGAGACCCUCUCAGUCUUAAAUGAUUGGUAUAAAUUAAUAGAAAAGAGAUUUAAAGAAGAAAUUUCUAGCUUACUCUCCCACUCGUAAGCGAGCAAAAUUAUAUGCUUACGCACGACUUUUUUUUAAAUUUUAUUUUCGAUAUUUUAAUUGGACUACUCUUGGAAAAUUCUGGGCCGGGAGGAGGGGAGAAAAAGUACAGCCAUACCCAGAUGGUAUCUGUUUUUACCACCCGAUAAAGUCCAAAUAGCAAUUCGAAAAGACUCCUCUGCAACAAUUAGAAGGAGAUGAUGAUCAUGAUGAUUUUUUCAGAAAUUAUAUUUUCAGAUCAGAGAUUUUAUCAGAAAAACUAAUAAUAGAUCAGGCUGAGGCUGGUAUAUGUCAGAAACUUUUAUAUUUUAUCAGAAGUUAUUUGAGCGGCCUCUUAGAAGUCUUAGUAAUAGCCAGUAAUCCUUAAUCCUUAUUUUUUGAAAUUAAUUUAUAAAAUACCGUUUAGAAUGAAAUUUAAUAGAAUUAUCUGGAGACCUUAUUAUAAUAAUUAUCACUUAUGGCUUUGCUCAUUUACAGAGCCGGAUUUAGUAGAAAAUCAUAAGCAAGAAAACGGAAGAGACAUGGACAGAACUGUAUUUAAAACUUUUGACCACAAAAGAGUGCUAAGAAAUGAUAAAUCUGCUUUAAGAUUCGAAGAAUUUGUGAAAUUAAAAUCAAUGUUAGAAGAUAAAAGUAAAGAGUUAGAAGUAAUGAAAGAAAAAUAUAAAAAGGUAAAAUCGGACGAAAAAACAAGCACCGUUGAAAGAAAAGCAAAUAUGCAUAGGACUGAGUAUAUUUAUAUAUAUAUAAAUAAUUUUUAUUACAAUUAUAUAAAUAAUAUCUUCCUUAUUACGAAAUAUUCAUAUAAAAAUUUAUAUGACAUUAAAUUUCCUGAAGCAAAAAAUUUUGCAACUAAUCGAGAAAAUGGCUUUUUACGAAAAUCAGCUACAAAUUUAUUAGAAAUGAUGAAAAAAAACUAUAAAACUAGAGCUGUUCAGAAAUUAGCAAAUGAAAAAAGCAGAGAUAUAAGCACCGAUAGAAGAGACCACGAGCUGCUGCAUAUAAGGUCUAUUUCUGAUCAAAUAAGAUCAGAAUCUUUGCCAAGUUAUCGUGGACCUAAAAGAAAUACCGGAGAAACUUAUACCUUUAUUAAUUAGUACCUAUUUUUUAAAAAAUUAAAAAAAAUUACUGCACCCCCUUCAAUUAGGAAUAA